AUGAGCCGAGUGAGACGGCUGUCGGAUAAUAAAUAUGAUCCGCGUACUUUAAAGAAGUCAAGAACGCCAGCGAAACAGCUUCCUUUCUACCUAGAGUCAAUUGAUAUUAAAAAGCUGGAUUUUGAUCGAGAACAGAUAUGCUCAGUGACUCUAUCUCCUCUCAAUGUAUAUUGUUGUCUGACUUGUGGUAAGUUUUUGCAAGGCCGCGGAGAAAAGAGCGUUGCGUUCCUGCAUUCAAUUCAUGAGGACCAUCAUGUAUUCAUGAAUUUGAAGACCAGAAGGGCAUAUAUUUUGCCCGAAAACUACGAGAUCCCGGCCAUACAGUUUCUAGAAAAAAUAAAAUUUGCCAUCUGUCCAUCGUAUACCCAAAAGGACAUCGCCAGCUACCCUGUAAAAUGUUUCGACAUGUCAAAUAAUCCGUAUUUGAAUGGACUUGUUGGACUUGAUGAUCCAAAUCACACAUUGCAUGUCACUGUCAUUUUGCAACUAGUGGCUCAAAUCUCGCCACUUCGAGACAUUCUUCUUCUAAUGGACUCCGAAGAUUUUAAGGAUGAACUUUUAAAGAGACUGUCAGUUUUGGUUAAGAAAAUCUGGUCUCCAUAUUUAUUCAGGUCUCAUUUGUCGCCUCAUGAAUUUCUCCAUCAACUCACUUUGGUGAAGACCACAACUGCGGAAGAAACUGACCCUAAAAGUUUCUUGCUGUGGCUAAUCAAUUAUAUCUGCACAUCCAACCCAGAGUUAAAGAAAGUCUUGACUCAGAAUAUGAGAGGCGAAAUUAUAGCGAAGACAACUACUGUAAAGGAAGUAAGCAUGAAAGGCGAAGGGAGCUUGACAUUCGUCAAAGACGAAAGCAGUAGUUCACUUCGAAAGAGAAAGUUCUGGAUUCUUAGUCUUGACCUUCCGCCCAUGCCAUUAUUCAAAGAUGGUUUCGACACUAAUAGCAUACCGCAAGUCAAGAUGGAGACACUAAUGAAUAAAUUCAAUGGCACGCAAGUUGUUCACACGAACGAUGGUACUACAAGCUACGAAACUUCAAGGCUCCCCAAAUUUUUAAUAUUACACAUCGACAGAUUUAAUAGAAAAGAUGAAUAUCCGAUCAAAAAUCGAAAUCAGACAUUGGUAAAGUUCCCAGAUACAUUAGUCUUGAAAGGUCGUGCUUAUCAACUGAUCACCAGCAUAGCACACAAUGCUAUUAAAGGCAACUACAGCGAUGAGGCUGAAGUAGACCAAGAAAGCGAAUGGAAACUUCAGGUGCUAGAAAGAAAAGGGGGACGAUGGUUUGAAAUCAAUGGUAAGUCCGUGACACCGAAAGAGAAGGAGUUGUUAUUUCUAGAUGAAAGUUACUUACAGGUCUGGGAGGCCCUUGAGUGA